AUGGCCGAACUACGAAAGUACGCAUGUUCAAUGUGCGCCCGACGCAAAGUCAAGUGUGAUCGUCAACAUCCCUGCUCAAAUUGUCAGAAAGGUAGAGCAGAAUGUACAUACGAAGCGCCUCCUCCGCCGAAACCUCGAAAAAGAGCGGCGGAUGAGGAUUUGCUGGCGCGGUUGGCGCAGUAUGAGCAAUUGAUGCAGAAAAGUGGCGUGGAUUAUAGUCAGCAUGCUAAUGUUUGGGUGUCGUCGGGUUUGGAGGCCAAGAAGGAGGAUGAUACGACGGUGUCGGAUGCUGCGACGGAGUUAUGCCUUUGGUCAAAACUGAGCCAUGAGCUCAAGUAUCCUCCUACGCUUACACUGCGCAACAAAGACGACCCUUACCUCCAUUCCUCCCCAUCAUUCCACUCCAUGAUUUUCGACCCUGAAUCAAAACCCUACGAGAACCACCCAGAACCAAAACAAAUCUUCUUCUUCUGGCAGACCUUUGUCGAAUGCGUCAAUCCCCUUAUCAAGAUUGUUCACAUCCCAAGUCUCCAGAAGCGGAUUCUAGAAGCAAGCUGGGAUCUAGCAAACAUACCGAAGCCCCUCUCCGCACUAAUGUUCUCCAUUUACCUUCUUUCAGUCACCUCACUAUCAUCAGAAGCUUGUCAAUCGUCAUUGGGGGAGGGCAGAGGGGCAUUGCUCACGCGCUAUCGCACCGCCACGGUACGGGCACUUACAGCAGCUGAUUUCAUGACGACAAAGGACCUUGAAACUCUUCAGGCCAUGGUCCUCUUCACCUUUUCGAAUCCAGAAACCGACUUGGCUAGUACUAUGACGGCCGUUGCUAUAAGAGCUGGACAGAUGAUGGGUCUACACAAAUCAGAUACCGACGCGAAACUAACCUUUUUCGAGAAAGAAAUGCGCAUCAGACUCUGGUGGCAGAUAAAAGGUCUCGACUCUCGAGUGCGCGCUAGUUCUACACCAGGAAUCAAACUGGCAAGAUCAGAAUUCGGCGAUGUUCGUCUCCCCUUCAACAUCAACGACGCAGACCUUCAUCCAGACAUGCUCGAACCUCCAGUCCAGCACACCGGCCCUACAGAAAUGGUGUGCGUUCUGAUGAAGUUUGAAGUAACGCAGUGGCUCCGCUCAUCGCCCAAAGCAGCAAAAGUGUUUGACUGCAUAGCGCCCGGCUUCGGAAGACCUGGAGGAUCGACGAAGGCUGAAGACGAAGCCAUAAACGAGCUUGAAGCUAUCUACAUGGACAAAUAUCUUGUCAAGCUUGACAGAGCUGUUCCUUUUCAUGACCUGACGUAUGCCAUGGCUAAACUGGCUAUUGCGAGAAUGCGCUUCAGGUUACAUCACCCGAGGGCUAGAGCAGCACCUGGCGAUGCGGAUGUUUAUAUGACAAAAGAGGAUAGCGAUAUUCUCUUCAACGCAGCGCUAUCGUUUUUGGAACUCGUCAACGUAGGGUUUGAGAGUAAGUUCUCAUCUCAGAUGUUUACUCAUCUAACAUCACUCUACCAAAUUGACGCUUGGAUCUAUGUCAUUAGCGAACUCCGCCGACGACCUUCCGGGCCAAGAAUUAAUCUUGCUUGGAAACUUGUUGACAGUUUAUACACUGAUCAUCCUGAACUUGUGGAUAGUGUUGAUAAUUCGCUAUACACUGCUUUUGGGAACUUGACGUUGGAAGCCUGGGAGGCGAGACGGAAGGCGUUGACUGAUGGUGAGGCUGCGCCGGCUUGCAUUGAGUUGCUUUGGAGUAAGAGACGUGUUGGGCAGGGUGAUGCUGAGAUGACCGGUAGUGCACUGGAUGCAUGGGAUUUUAAUGUUGGUGAUGACCUGUUGGAUUGGAAUUAUUGGAGCGACUUCGUGCGUUUUUAG